CUCACCUACCUCACUCUAUUCAUCCUUCCUUCUUCCCACUUCUCUGUGCUUACAGCUCCGAUGGCCCCCAAAAAGCCAGAGCCCAAGAAGGAUGAUGCCAAGCCCACCGCCCCCAAAGCAGCUGCAGCCCCUGCAGCUGCACCCGCAGCUGCACCUGCGGCUGCACCUGAGCCUGAGCGCCCCAAGGAAGCAGAGUUUGAUGCUUCCAAGAUUAAGAUCGAAUUCACGCCUGAACAGAUCGAAGAGUUCAAGGAAGCCUUUCUGCUGUUUGACCGCACACCCAAGGGAGAGAUGAAGAUCACGUAUGGGCAGUGUGGAGAUGUCCUGCGGGCUCUGGGUCAGAAUCCUACCCAGGCAGAGGUGCUCCGUGUCUUGGGGAAACCCAAACAGGAAGACCUCAACUCCAAGAUGAUGGACUUUGAAACGUUCCUGCCCAUGCUCCAGCACAUCUCCAAGAACAAAGACACUGGCACGUAUGAGGACUUCGUGGAGGGCCUGCGGGUCUUCGAUAAGGAGGGCAAUGGCACGGUCAUGGGCGCAGAGCUCCGCCAUGUGCUGGCUACGCUGGGUGAGAGACUGACUGAAGAUGAGGUGGAGAAGUUGAUGGCGGGUCAAGAAGACUCCAAUGGCUGCAUCAACUAUGAAGCGUUUGUGAAGCACAUCAUGGCCAGCUGAGCCUCUCA